AUGUUGGCAAUCGAUGAACUUCUCAAGUAUAUCACUAAUAGUUCACCUGGAAUCAAACGUCUCCGUUUGACAAACAAGGGAUUAAUUGAAGCUGCUUCCAAACCUCAGCUGCUAGAGGACCUUGAAAUUUCAAGAUCACCAAGGUCAUACUCGCGUCAAACUCUAGAAGUGAUUGGGCGCUCUUGCCCUCUUUUAACAACAUUCAAGUAUAAUGGCAGCUGGCAGAGAUUUUACAAACAUAGGGGUACUAAUGAAGAUGCACUUGCCAUAGCGGAAACAAUGCAUGGUUUACGCCAAUUACAGCUUUUUGGGAAUGCAGUGACUAAUGAUGGCUUGGCGAAGAUUCUUGAUUGUUGCCCUCAUCUUGAGUCACUUGAUCUGCGGGAUUGUUUCAAUCUUAAUCUGGGAGGAGAUUUGGAAAUAAGAUGUUCUAAACAAAUUAAAAGACUGCAGCUUCCAGAGGAUUGUCCUGAUGAUGAUUCUGAAUCAACCGAGUCUUUUGGAGCAUAUGAAUUUCGAUGCUUUACUAUGUACAUAUAG